AAUAUAGACACAAACGUCAGUUCAGCAAGUCAGUUGUGAAGUCUAAGUUUGAACCCUCGAUUCAGAUAUUUCUCAUAGAAUCCACCGUCUUCACGUGUUGUUGUUCAUCAAAAUCCUCUCCAUUUUGAUUUCCUUUUCCAAAUCUCGUUUCACUCUCUUUCUCUCCGAUCGUCCUUCAUUUCCGGCCACGAUGCAGUACAAGAACUUGGGCAGGUCCGGCUUGAAGGUCAGCCAGUUAUCCUACGGUGCUUGGGUAAGCUUCGGCAAUCAGCUCGACGUCCGAGAGGCCAAAUCUCUUCUCCAAUGCUGCCGUGACCACGGCGUCAAUUUCUUCGACAACGCCGAAGUCUACGCCAAUGGCCGAGCCGAGGAGAUCAUGGGUCAGGCCAUUCGGGAGCUUGGAUGGAAGCGCUCCGAUAUAGUCGUUUCCACCAAGAUCUUUUGGGGAGGUCCUGGUCCCAAUGACAAGGGGCUUUCUAGAAAGCAUAUUGUUGAAGGUACCAAGGCUUCACUGAAGCGAUUGGAUAUGGAGUAUGUUGAUGUUAUUUAUUGUCAUCGACCGGAUUCCUCCACGCCGAUCGAGGAGACGGUUAGGGCGAUGAACUAUGUGAUUGAUAAGGGGUGGGCGUUUUAUUGGGGAACUAGUGAGUGGUCGGCUCAGCAGAUCACUGAGGCUUGGGGGAUUGCUGACAGAUUGGAUUUGGUUGGCCCGAUUGUGGAGCAGCCGGAGUAUAAUUUGUUAUCUCGGCAUAAGGUUGAGUCCGAGUUUCUCCCUCUGUACAAUAACUAUGGCAUAGGUCUAACGACAUGGAGUCCACUGGCUUCGGGCGUGCUCACUGGAAAAUACAACAAGGGAAGUAUACCACCUGAUAGCCGAUUUGCUUUGGAAAAUUACAAAAAUCUUGCAAAUCGAUCUCUGGUUGAUGAUGUGUUGAGAAAAGUCAAUGGGUUGAAACCAAUUGCAGAUGAGCUAGGUGUCCCGUUGUCUCAGCUAGCAAUUGCGUGGUGUGCUGCUAAUCCUAAUGUCUCAUCAGUUAUCACUGGCGCCACAAAAGAAUCUCAGAUUCAGGAGAACAUGAAAGCUGUGGACGUGAUCCCAUUGCUAACUCCUGCAGUAAUGGAGAAGAUUGAGGCUGUUGUUCAAAGCAAGCCAAAGCGCCCAGAGUCGUUUAGGUGAACAUAACACAUUCUUUAGCAGUUAGCACCAUAGUCUUCUGUGCAUUGCUUAGCAACUUCCUUCCUUAUCUCUGUGUUGUCAUUAUUGGUGUGCUCUUCUAUGACGACCUUCUUUCUGCCUUGUUUGUUGGGAAUUUCUUUUUUCUCGUCUUCUUUGGUGUGUGAUUUUGAGGAAGGAAAAAAAAAAAAAAAGAAAAAAAAAACAGUUCAUUAUAUUAUAAAAACUUGAGUUGUGUGAACCA